AGGUGGCGGCUACAUUUGGCGACCUAUGUUUGGUGACCAUUGUCUAGCGAUCUGUGUCCUGACGAGGAUUGCUGGCAACAGGCAACUUGACUCUUAGAUUGACUUGGCGUGAGUGGGCAGUUUCUCUUUGCAAGACUACCUAUGAGUGGGGAGGAUAUCUCGGGCAACAUGGAGGGCGCCGUGUCAUUGCCACCUGACAAUCGCAAGUGCUACAAGUGCGGCGAAGGUGGCCAUUUCAUCAGGGAUUGUGCCGAGUACUGGAAAGCCAAAGUGCUUGGCCGAACUUUUGUUCCAUCUGUGCAGGCGACAGCACCAGGCCGAACAGGGAGACCAGCGAUGACGGGGAAUAUGGAUUCACUCUCACGGAGGAGCAGAUCAGCUGAAAGCGGAGGCGAUCGGAGUAGCACUAUCCAUGAUACCAAUGCACUGAUGAGGGAAUAUCUGUUACAAAUGGCGGAAGAAAGAAAACUUCGGAUUGAAAGAGAAGCGGAAGAAGAACGCAGACGUCUCGAGGAAGGAGCCAAGAGAAAUCGGGAAAACCGGAGGAUACUACGACAAGAGGAACGAAUACGAUUGGAGGAAGAACGUGAUGCUAGACUUCUUUGUAUUGUGCACAGUGAAAUGCGCAAAGAUAGGGAGGAGGAGCGGGAAAGGUACGAGAAGAAAGGGAAGGGGGCGAUAAGAAGCAGUACGUCCUCCGAGGCUGUGCACGACGAGAAAGAACGGCUGCGACGGCUGAUAGCUUCGCGCACCAUCGGAACUGCCGACGAAGCGGAGGACGAAGAGCUUCUAACGUUGCGAAUGUUGGCGAUCAAGUUGGGGCAGGCGGAGAAAAGGAAACGGGGACCGGAAGUGCCAGUGGGGAACAGCCCGCCCAUGGUAACGCCGGAGAAGAAGCCGGCGACGAAACUGUCGGAAGAAUUACGAGCUCGAAUUGAGCAACUCCGGGGGGAGAAAAGCGGCGAUGUCGGGACAACGAGCACACCGACUAAGAUAGAUUUAUCUUUAAAGCACAUCGCGGCAUCCUGUGGACCAGGAGGGAAGGAGAGAUAUGAGCAAGAGUGUCUGGACUUCUACGAUGCUCUGACCAUCGAACAACUGAAGGAAGCAUGCAGAAGGGAGAAGGUUGCGUAUGGGAAUAAGGAACUAGCGAUCAAGAGACCUAUCACUCGUCGGAUCGCUGUGGCAUACGAUCCCUCCGUGAUCCCUCUGCAGGGCACACCGCGUAUGAAUACCAGGGGUACCAAAGAAGUGGCAAUCAAAGGGGAUCAAGAGGAGGUUAAGGCCGAUCCUUCUCUCUCCGAGACAUCAUUUUCGGAUGAGGAAUCGGAGUGAGAAGUCGGUUAUUGCGACGACUACUUGGCUCUGGCUAAGCGUUUGAGCGAGCGAAGACGGGUAAGCGGUGGAAAGUGUAAGAACGAUGAGAAAUUGUUUCGGGCUUCAACGGUAGCUUUAGUGUUGACGAGGAAAAUCAGAUGGGGUGACAAGUUCGUAAGGUACUGGCAGGAUGAGGUCGAUAAAGGGAAUUUCGAACU